AUGAUAAUGUUCAAGCUGUGGACGCUUUUUCUUGCUUAUGCCUUGAUCAUUUGCCAGAUGUAUGUCUCAGAGGCAGCUCCAACUAGAACCAGUAAGGAAUCCAUGUCAGAUGGAGUCACAUUAUCAAAUGAUGACGCCCAAAGGUUGCUCAGAGCUAUGAAGGAGUUCAUGCAGAUAACUUCAGAGGAGCAAGCUCAACAAACAGCUGAUGGGAACAACAAUGCAACAGCACAAAAGCGGGCAUGCAACACAGCCACCUGUGUAACCCACCGCCUAGCAGACUAUUUGAGUCGGUCUGGGGGACUUGGAUACAGCAACUUUGUUCCCACCAACGUUGGUGCCCAGGCCUUUGGCAGACGGAAGCGGUUCAUCUCUGUGUGA